AUCGACAGAGAGAGUGUCCAAAUAUUGUGACUUCUGAUAAGAGCGUAAUCAUUGCGGACGGCUGAAGGUCUCACUCAGAAGUUUUCGCAGCGAGCAGAGAUUUGAGGCAUUACGAGUCACCACGAGUCACCAAGCAAAAGAUGCUGAAACACGUGCAGAUAUCGCCGAUGCGCAGCCGGUCGGAUUCGCUGUCGAUGCGCUCGUCCACAUCGUGUGCCUCGUCGCUGUGCGGAAGCCCGGAACCACCGAGCGACCAGCUGCGGAGCCACUCGAGAGCCUCCAGCUACUCCAGCCUCAACGAAACCAUUCCCCAGACCACAAUUAAAAUCUACACCGCGUGCCUGCGCCAGGACAUCGAGUACAAGACGCUGGGCAUCUCGUACGACGCGACGAGCAAGAGUGUGGUGCAGCAGGUUCUGCGAAGAUGUAAAAUGCGCCAUCGGGAUCCCCGGCUGUUCUACCUGACGAUGGAGGUCACCGUUCGGCGGCCGGGCGUGAAAUCGCUGCUCGAACUGGACGACGAAGCCCGCCCCGCCCUGCUCCAGGCCUGCCACCCGAAGGGGGACUCCAGAUUUUGCCUCCAACAAAAACCGGGCGGGUUGAUCCGGGUCCACACGUCCGCCCUGCAGCCCAACUCGCAGUACAAGUCGCUGCUCAUUUCCGAGGACACCACCUCAGACGAGCUGCUGUCGCUGCUGCUGUCCUGCUACAACUCGCUCGAGCCGGUCGAGCAGUUCUCGCUGUACGAGGUCUGCCCCGGCCAGGAGUACCAGCGGAAGCUGCACCCGGACGAUCUGCCCCUCAAGACGCAGCUGCAGCGUCAGCAAAAGGGCGAAAUCAUGCACUUCCUGGUGCGCCGCAAUCCCAACUAUCCGCGGCGCCGUCAGCUGCUGGCCACCAUCACCGAGUCGAAGCACUUCAUCCUGAACGCCGCCGGACUCGUCGAGCCAACGCCGGCAGUGACCCACCACCACCACCGACUCUCGCUGCACGGCGGGAGCUUCUCGCUAGGGCCCACCACCACCGGAACCACCUCCUUCAUCUCGGACAUCGUGGACGGCCUGUCGUCGCUGAACGAUCUGCCGGCGGAGACGAAAAGUUUGCGUCUCAAGGAAGCCUUAUCGUCCUCCUCGUCCUCGUCAUCGUCCUGUUCCUCGUUUUCGUCCCUCUCGUCCGAUUCGUCCACCUCCUCGACGGCGUCCUCCUCGGCGUCCGACGACAACAACAACGAGGACUCCAGCCCCUGCCACCAGUGCCCGGCGUCGGUGUCGACUUCCGGCGUAGCGUGGCGCCAUUCGGAACCGCCAGCAGCCAGUGCGGAACCGCCCGAAAUCAAGUGUAAAAACAGCGCCCAAAGCCUGCUGCCACCACCGCGCCCGGCCAAGUCGUCCAGCAUGCUGGCGGCCCUCAGCAAACCCUCGCUGCCCCUCUCGGUGCUGGCCGCCCCGUCGUACAGUCCGGUGUACAACAUUCGCGAAAUCCGAACCGUGAGCCAAUCGUUCUCCUCGCUCGGCAUCGACAAGAAGCUGGCGGACAUCCGAGGUGCGCGUGGCGAGCAGCCCGCUGCCCCUCCGCUUCGCAGCCCGCUCGUGAAGGAAAUGGUCAACACCGAUCCGGCGAAAGGCGUUGGUAACUUCGUGUACAUCUAAGCAUGCGUGUUUUUUGGAGUACAUUUUUAUCGUCCUAGUCUUGGUAGAGUAAUGAGGCGCAGGGGGGAUGCCUUGAAGAAACGGCUAUCUAAACCUAUCGUAAAAACCUAAGAGACCUGAAAAGCCAGCUAAAGCUUUUCGAAGGACAACACGGCGUCUUUGGGCCGAUAAGA